GGUGGUCACAACCCGGAAAAGAUUGAUUUUGUCGUUCAAAUUUUGAGAAAAUCUUGAUAUUCCGGCCAAUUUUUUUAAAUCUGAUUGAUUCCUGUACUUUAAAACGAACGUGAAGGUCAUCAUGGAGAAUACAGGAGAGCAGGAAGUUGACUACAAAAGUGUUUGUAAGCAGCUUGACGUCCUUACGAAUAAAUACUUUGAGACACUAGAGACGCUUUUAAAAACAAGAUCAGAAUUCAGCGAAACUCUAAAAAGCGGAUUCUUUAUGAUGUCUAAGGCUCGCUAUAGCAUGGGAGCUAAGUCUGUUGGUGCUUUACAAUACAACGACAAUGAUAUGACAGCCCGGUAUUUAGUCCAAGUAGCAGAGGAUAAUGCGGAGGAUCACAAGUUAGAGAUUGUGAAUGGCCAAAACUUGCCAAAGGAAAGCAAAGCCAGGCCUGUCAUUGAAAAUAUUGGUGCCCAGCAUCAGAGGGGACAAUUGAGAAAAAGGACGAUGGGGAAGAACGAUGAAGGUACUGGCAAAGAUGGUGAUCUAUCUGGGCUACCUGAUAUUCAGAAUAUGAAUAUAAGUGGUGAGAAUGAUGAGGGUACUGAUAAAAGAUCUUGUGACAAUUUGAAAUGGAAGGAUCCGAUCACAUGGUUUGGAGUUUUGGUUCCGCAAUCUUUGAGGCAGAGUCAAAAAGAUUUCCAGCGGGGCAUAGAAAUGUGUGGUGACAUUGUUAAUCUUCAGGAGCAGUUACUGUCUUUGAAGGACGACUUUCACAAAUUGGCAGCGCAGAAAAAAUUGUUGAAGACGGAGAAAAUUGAGGACUGAAUAUAUUGUGGGACACAGCAAUGUCAUAUUUUAGAUGUUGUUACACCAUGUCAGCAUUUAUUUGGUGUAGUUUUCUCUCAACGUAGCAGAUUUUGAAAAACUGUUUCUGUGAUGGUCUAGCUUUUGGUUGUCUAGCAUUUCUUUAGUCAUUGGGAAGUAUUUUUGCCAAGGCUCACCCAGGGCUAUGAACAAAGGGGCUUUGUCAUGUUUCGGACAAGUUUGUUAUGAUUGCGCUCUCGUAAGCUUGAUAGACAUUGUACAAUAGCCGCACUUACACCACCUGAAAAUGGACCACCAAUCUUGGUUCGGGAACCAAUGCCGCACCAUCGAAAAUCCACCAAGCGUUUACACCAGCGCUGCAGCUAGUUAUAAAAUCCGGCUACAGAUGGCGCGCAAACAAUAAAUUGCAUGCGCAGAAAGCGCCAUUUCGAAAGCGCCGCCUGGAGCCGAACCAUCUAACUAGCUAAUUGCCGAUCCAUUUGCGCGUACACCACGACAAAGCCGAGCUUUUAACAAGCCGGGCGAAUUUGGACCAUCAAGCUUGGUGGGACAAAUUCGCUCGGCAAUUUUUAUCGGCAAUGGAUUGCCGAACCAAUUUGUCGCGGCAAUGUGGUGGUGUACGUGCAAUUGGUCCACCAAUAUUUCGUGGUGUAAGCGCAGCUAAUGUCAUCACUGGUUAGUGUCCUCUUGGUCAGCAGAGCAAUAAAUGUGAAUAAAAAGAAUUUCUUUGUUCA